AUGACCAUCAAGCCUUACCUCCGCGUGUACACGGGAAGUGAUAUGCACUAUCGCUUCGACGACGAGUCGGGGGAGUGGUACGACGGCGGCGACAUACGCUUCUUUGACCGCUACGACUACGGCGACGAGGAGGAGGACAGCGAAGAAGAGGAUGCAUUCCCUCAAAGCAUUGCAGCUGCUUCUAGCAGCUGGCAAAGUACCGACAACUAUCUACCAAAAGAUACAGGUGACAGCCUAACAAAGCAAGCCGAAGAGGCUACGUCAAAGGACGUCGAGACAGAGCAAGACGACCAGACACAAACACAACACGACCUUAGCUACUAUGGUUAUGGUGACUAUGACUUUAGUCAGCUCAGCAGAGUCACGACCGCCUUUAACAUCCACGACUUUAUGGAUCCCAAUCCCAUGAGUGCGGUUGAAGACCGUGAUAAAGAGGGCGACAAGGAGGAAGACCAGGACGACGAGGGGACCGAGGGAGACUACGAAGACGAAGAGGACGCGAAUCGGCGGUGGCCUUGCCCUGAGCCUCAGCGUUAA